AUGUCUUCAACUGAAAUAGAAGAACUUAAAACACUAGUACAAUCCCUCCGCAAAGAAGUGACCAAAAUCUCAGACGAAUCCGCAAUCCGCAAACUCCACCACGCAUACGGCUACUACCUCGACAAAUGUCUCUACUCGGAAACCGUCUCCCUCUUCGCCGACGACGCCUCCACCUCCGUUGAAUUCCUCGGUGGUCGCUACCUCCGCAAAGAAGGCGUCCACCGUCUCUACAUCGGCCGAUUCGCCUCUCGUUUCGUGCAAGGUCGAAACGGCCCCGUCCACGGCUUCCUCCUCGAUCACUGCCAGAUGCAAGAUAUCGUCGACGUCGACGCCGAUGGAAUCCACGCCAAGGGACGCUUUCGCGCGCUGAUGUCGGCGGGUACGCAUAAGAGUAUCAAGGACACGCAUCCACGGGGAUUGGUUCAGUGGUGGGAGGGCGGCGUGUAUGAGAAUGAGUAUAUCAAGGAGGAUGGCGUGUGGAAGAUUUGGAAGUUGAGGUAUUUUCCGUUUUGGCAUGCGGAGUUUGAGAAGGGGUGGAGUGCUAAGGAGGAGGGCGAGUUUGUGGGGUUGAUGAGUGAGGUUAGGGGGCCGGGGAAUGAGUUGGGUCCUGAUGAGUUGGUGGAGGGGGGUAGAGUCGUACCUUUUCAUUAUAAGCACCCCGUGACAGGCGAAGACGUAAAAGAGAACGACUUGAGGGCGCCAGGUUGGGGAGAAGAUGUGGAAAGCAGCAAACCAGCAUUAAAGCUGAAUUGA